GCUGUCUGAGCACAGCGGUGCAGAGAGGGCUUCUGGGGCAGGGGGUCCGCGGGCUGAGAAUUGGGUUGUUAGGGUUCAUUGUGGUCAGUGUCUGAUAGUUGGCUCUAUCAGACAUGGAUGAUUUCAUUAGGAAAGCUAAUGGGCUUGGUUUGCUCAUUUUUGUUUUCAAAGUGUUAGCAUAAAAGCAGAAAACUUUCUUGGGGAAAAAAAAAAUGAAAGAAAAGGAAAAGGCACAGACCAGCGGAGAGACAGCGCUAAGGAAGCAGGGAACCCCAAUGGAUGUCAAUGUGGCCUUGCGCAAAAUUGCCAACUUGCUGAAGCCAGACAAAGAGAUCGUGCAGGACGGCAACCACAUGAUCAUCCGCACGCUGAGCACUUUUAGGAACUACAUCAUGGACUUCGAGGUUGGAAAGGAGUUUGAGGAGGAUCUGACCGGCAUAGACGACCGCAAGUGCAUGACCACAGUGAGCUGGGAUGGGGACAAGCUCGAGUGUGUGCAGAAGGGUGAGAAGGAGGGACGUGGCUGGACCCAGUGGAUUGAAGGUGACGAGCUGCACCUGGAGAUGAGAGUGCAGGGCGUGGUCUGCAAGCAAGUGUUCAAAAAGGUGAACUGAAGCCUGAGCAGACCUCAGUCUCAAGGAAUGAGUGACAUGGAUGAAGGGGCCAGGGUCCCCCCUCUCUGCACAGCAUGGGGCAGAGAUGUCCAGCCACCCCUCUCUGUUAGCAGAAUCUGUCACUUGCCCUUUUCUUCAAACAAAGCCAUCCUAAUAAAAGUGGUCUCUGCUCAAGA